AACUAACUGCAUGACUCUUACUGUAGAUUUCUGCCAUCAUAACCAGUAAUAACCAACUCCUAAAUAUAAUGUAGAAACGUAACAUUUUCUGUAAAGCUGCUUUGCAACGAUAAGUAUCGUAAAAAGCGCUAUACAAAUAAACUUGAAUUUAAUUAUAUUAGGAGUCACACAAUGGUGUAAAAAAAAAAUUCCGCCAGUGAUUACGAAGAAAAGGCAGGUAAAACAAUGAAUUAAAUAUGACAUUUUUAAGUAGGAAAACUGAAAUAGUAUUUUAUUGCUAACAGAUUACACAGGCUUUGUUUUAUUUACAACUACCGAAAAAAAUCAUGUUUUACAGUGUAUAUAGUCUUCAUACUGCAGCCAGAUGUAUAUCAAAUGUAUUAAAAAACGCAUAAUAUAUUUCCUACAAGUAUGCUUUGAAAAUGUGCAGCUUGUUUUAUUCAAGCACUUCAUGUAAGUACAGAUUAGUAUCUUUAAAUUCAUCUUUAUCCUAUGAUUCAUAUGAACUAGAUAGUCUAUUAAAAAAUUAUAGUCAUAGUUCCUCAGAACUAUCCUGUCUUUAUUACAUAGUCAUAAAUGCGAUUCAUAACUAUAGAAAUGUAAGCUUUAUGAAUUCGCAACGCCUCAAAACGUUUUUCCAUUCUAUGAAUUCAAUUAAAUUGCAUGCGCACAGCCAACGCACGUCACAUAGCGUUUCCCAUCUUCAUUCAACCAGACUAAGCGUUCUCUGUCGUUAUGUGAGUUCAGUGACUAAAACUGUGACCUCAGAGGCGUUUGGCAUCCCACCCCACUCUGUUGAUAUAAAUACCGUACGCCGGUAGAAGAACGAAGAGCGUUCGCGACCACUUCUGAACAGUUACUUGAGAAGAUGGCUGUGAGUUCUGAAGACGGACAUUGCAGAUAUAGACUAUUUGCUUUCAUUAUGCUUUUUAACGUCUCGUUAAGCGCCGCGGUCAGUCUCGAUUUAACUGAGCUGCGAAAUAAAGUUUCCAAAAUAAAAGUGCAUCCACGUGGGAAUCUCUGGGCGACAGGUAUGUUUUCAUUUAAUCGUCAUGCAAUUAGAAUAAAACUACUAAAUCAGUUUCCCGUUAUAAUUGUUGGUCUUCUUGCAGGUCAUUUCAUGGGCAAGAAGAGCAUCUCAAACAGCCAGUUCCAGGACUCUCCAUUCUCCUCAAAGCCUCCCAGGAAUACUUUGAGAGAAUCAGGGAGUGCAGAGGAUUUGAGGGAGCUGAUCACUCAGGAGGUGCUCAGAGCUGCUCUUCAGGCUCAGCUUCAAGAUCUAAAGAGGACACAAGAUGUUUAUAAUCAGGAGACAGACUUCAUGGUAAAGCUUUUGAAAAGCUACAUUGAAAAAAGGAACCUAUAGUGACAUUGCUGUUGAUAUAAUUGUAAUAAAAUGAUAUUUUGACAACCCUUACAAUUGUGUAGAAAAUCCGUG